AUAAGAAAUCAAGAUAGCAAACUUUUAUAAAAGAAUGGAAAUGGUUUAUUGAAUAUUUACAAACACACCGUAAACAGAUAAGGACCUUGGCAGGAUUCUUGUAAUAACCUGCAGUUUCAAAAGAGUGUACAUUUAAAGCAGUUGACUAAAAAAAUAAGUUAAUUUAGAAUAUGCAGGAAAUGUAAAAAUAACAAUAAUUAAGGAACAGCAGAAAGAGGUUGCAGGAUGCGACCUGCUGAUAAAAUAAUGGCCAUUUAUAGCUUAUGAAAUCCGCAAGACAACCAACCCGAACUGACUAAUUUGGAUUAACUGAGUUGUGGGCUUUGUCAUGCCAGCAGAAGGCGGAUAAAACUCUGCUCCCCCCCUCAAAAAAAAACUCCCAAUUUUUGAGCAGCGACAGAUGGGCUCCAGCAUCAUUGCUGCCACGAGUGACACGCCACCCCCUCCUCUCCUUUUCUCGUCCACGGACUUUCUGUGUUGCCCACCAGAGUCACGACUCAGCCCUGGGCGACGCAGCAGCCACUGUUUCCCUCUCCCGGUUCUGCAAAGAUGAGUUUCCUUCUCCCAGUGCCACCUUUUCGCUUCUGCAAUUGAUGCUUGUGUCUCCAUAGGAACCGUCUGGGGGUGUAUGAGAAGGACAGUUUUCCUCCUUACGGUCUCCUCCGGGGAAAAGCGGUGCCUCCUUCAUCCUUAAGAUGACAAGCGACGGGCAGCGAGGCUGAUGGACGGGCACUGCGUUGCCCAACAGGUGACUGGGGUGUUUGGUCAGCGGCGCGGCAUCGUCAUGGAGUAGAUCUCUGGAAAGGAAGCUCCUUCACCCCAAAAAAUCACACACACAUGAUCCUGGAAGAUGCUUGCUGCCUGACACAACCCCUGGCGAGGAGUUUUCGCCGUUCUGCUGGGAUGGACAACGCCUCGACGCUGGAUUACGAGCUCCUGUCCCCGGGGCGAGUGGAGCCCGUCCCCAGCCCUUUCGGGAUGGACGCGGAACAGAAGACGGUCUUUGCCUUCGUCAUCCUCCUUCUGGCGUUCUUGGUGAUGCUGAUGGUCCGCUGCUUCCGCAUCCUGCUAGACCCUUACAGCCGGAUGCCCGCUUCAUCCUGGACUGACCACAAGGAAGGACUGGAGAGGGGGCAGUUUGAUUAUGCUCUGGUAUAGCUCGGGCGAGGCCUGAUGUCCGAAAGGGGGGAAAACCUUGGCAUCUUCUGGAGUAGGGGUUCCUGGGGAAGCGAAGUUGCUGCUCUCAAGGGAUGGGGUGGGGUUUUAAUUUGGGUGCAGGCAGGGACGGAGGGGGGGAGUUUUCCGUUUCGUGAGGUCGUAAGCAACCACGGGAAGGUGCCGUAGCUGUCAACGUUUCCCUUUUCUUGCGAGGAAUCCUAUUUGGAAUAAUAAAUAAGGGAAACGUUGACAGCUAUGUUUCAAACACGGCAUCUGCCGAGCUUCUCAGUGCAGGUGAAAUAAAUGCUAAACCACACGGUUUCGGGAGAAAAUGAAAAGUGCUCUGAUCCAAAUUGGGUGUGUGAAAAUUUGUUUGGAAUUUCCUUUGAAAUCCGCUUCGCUGGAGAGAGGCUGAGAAUCUCCGAUCUGAUCCAACUCCUUGCCUGUUUUCUGUGUCGCUCGAUGGGGGAUGAGGCAGGUGCCCCCCUUGCUGUGAUCUGAAAUGUCUUGUGUCGUGGGGGGGGUAGGGAGUUGUAGGGGGGGGUUGGGGUGGGCAAAGGGUGGGGAAGUGCCAUGGGGUGGCGGCGAAGGAAUGUUUCAGCAGCGAGGGGCGGAGGAGAGCUCUGAGGUCUCAAGAGAGGAAGGGCGUUGAAGGCGGCUUAAUUGGUUUGGAUUGGAGACAAAUCAAAGCUGUCAACAUCCAUACCCUCUAACAUUUCUCUGAUAGAAAUAGGGAUCUCCUAUUGCAUAAUAGGGAUGCGGGUGGCACUGUGGGUUAAACCAC